GCAGUAGAAACGAGGAGUCUCGAUCGAGUCUUCCAACUCCUUCCAUGGCAGAGACGGAACGGGGAAGAAGGUGGUCGCGUUUUCUUAUAUAAAGGCGACAAGCCAACAGCCCCCUUCACCACCUUUCUCCGUCAUCCACAGCUGCCAGUUUCUCUUCCUCCUCCUCUCGUCAGUUAUCUUCCAUUGCGUCAAGAAAUGGAGAGACGUUCCUUUUCUUUUCCCCACGCCCUCUUCCUCCUCCUCCUCCUGUUGAUUGUGUGUGAGCUGCCGGCGCUGGUCUUGAGUUCCGGCGCGGGCAAACAGUUCAACCAUUCCGUCCCCGCGCUCUUCGUCUUCGGCGACUCGACCGUCGAUCCGGGCAACAACAACAACUGGCCCACGCCCUUCAAGGGCAACUUCCCGCCCUAUGGCGCCAGCUUCCUCAACCAGGCCGCCACCGGCAGGUUCUCCGACGGAAAACUCACCACCGACUUUAUUGCGUCGUACUUGGGGAUCAAAGAGCUGGUUCCUCCCUACAUGAAUCCUUCGCUUGAACAGCACGAGAUGAUGACCGGCGUCAGCUUCGCAUUCGCCGGCUCCGGCUACGACCCAAUGACCGCUCAUACCAGCGGUGUGGUUUCUGUACCCCAGCAGCUGGACUACAUGAAGGAGUGCGUGACGAAGAUGGAGAAUGCAGUUGGAAAGGCAGCAGCUGCCAAGAUCAUGGAAGACUCCAUCUUCAUAGUAAGCGCAGGAACGAACGACUUCGUUAUUAGCUACCACCUCCUUCCCUUCAGGAAGCAAACCUUCACCCCACAGGAGUACCAACAAUUUAUUCUUGAUCAACUUCGAGUCUUCCUCAAGGGGCUGUAUGAACUUGGAGCACGAAGAAUUGUAUUUGCAGGGCUGCCUCCACUCGGUUGCCUGCCGGUUGUGAUGACCACCAGCAUUGUGGACGCAUUGAUCAGACAGUGCAUCGACAGUCUAAACAUGGAGGCACUCAUCUACAACUCAAAGCUGCAGAAUAUGUUGAAUGAGAUAAAAGCCAAUGAGCUAAAGGAUGCAAGGCUUGCUUAUGCAGACAUUUAUUUUACCCUUCUGGACGCCAUAAAGAACCCAAGCAAAUAUAGUUUCGAGGAGACGAAAAGAGGCUGCUGUGGAACAGGCUUGCUGGAAAUGAGCUUCUUGUGCAAUCCCGGCACACUAACCUGCCCAGAUGUAUCAUCAUACGUGUUCUGGGAUGCGAUACAUCCCACGCAGAAGAUUUACUCUUUAGUCGCCAACACAGUCAUCCAACGGGUUCUUCAUCUGCUUUUACAAUAAAAAUCUACCCUUUGUUUCUCUUCUUCGAUCUCAUAUAUAUUCUUUCCUUCACAAUUGGGGAAUGCAGAUGGAGAAAAAAAAAAAAAGCUGUAGGUAGGGGCUAGUGUUUCAGUCAUCAUUACCAUUUUCUGCAUUGCAGCUAAAUGAUUAUUAAGGCGUCGCCAAUUACCACAAAAGCAUCUACUUCAUGGAGCAUCAAUUGCAGUGUGUAGCUAUGGCAUCUGUUGAAUUAGUACAUAGUUGCCAGAAACUGGAGUUGGUAAAGAUUUCAAGUACUGUGGUACCUGGAACCACAUUGAAAUGGUUGUAAAGAUUCUCAGAGCAAAGUUUCUAAUAAAUGGUGAUAUGUUUCAAGUUAA